GCAUCAAACACAUCAUUAACUUUCUUAUCUCCUCUCUCACAGAAACGACACCCAAGUACGUUCUACUAAAACAAGUGAAAAUGAAAGCAGCACACAUUGCAGUCUGCACUCUGCUGGUGCUUCUCUUGACUGAAACUCAGGUUUCAACAGCAGUGACAUGCAGCCCGACGCAGCUGAGCUCCUGCGUGAGCGCAAUAACAUCUUCAGCUCCACCAUCCAAACUCUGCUGCAGCAAGAUCAAGGAACAGAAACCUUGCCUUUGCCAGUACCUCAAGAACCCGAACCUUAAGAAGUUCAUCAACACCCCAAAUGCCAGGAAAGUUGCUAGUUCUUGUGGAACGCCCUACCCAAAGUGCUAAUCCAUCAUCACCAGAACCCUCCAAGGAUCUCUUCUUUUAUGUUUCUCUUCAUACCACCUGAGGCUCAUAAAAGGGGAAGAAUGGAGAUUAUUAGUUAAUUUAUCAUAGUUUUGUGCGUGUGGUAUUAUGAUCUUAAAUACUUUCUUGUGUUGCUUGUUUGUAGUGGAGAGUACUAGCAAGUUGUGAGGAAAAUGAUGCUGGAUCAUGUGUUCUCCCAUGUCACCAAUUUGAGUCUCUUACGGGUGUUGGUCUAUAUAUUUAAGUUAUUACAGAAGCACUAUCACUAGUGGAAAUCAGUGUUGUAUCAUUACAAUCUCUCUCUCUCUCUCUCUCUCUCUCUCAUCGCAUCUGCAACUUCUGGGUCUUUAGAGUACUAAUUAUUUUCUUUGGCUUGCUUUUAAGGGAAAAGAAAAAUCUUAUAUUCUU